GUUGGGUUGUUCGGUGCUCUGCUUUUCUAGAUAAAUAUAUAUAUUAAGUAGUUAUGAAGAUUUGGUAAUACCGAAACCGGAAGGAAGUGAAGUGAAGCAGCCAUGCCCACCACCUGUGUCUUUCAGCUGGAUCGGCUGAAUCCGGUCUACAACAGUGGCGAGUACAUCAGUGGCCGCAUUCUGUUACGGACGGACAAGGUGAAGCGGGUCAAUGCCGUAUAUGUGACCCUAGAGGGCGAGGCCAAGGUUCAGUGGUCGAUGAGCGGCAAGAGCGAGACGGCCAAUUAUUCAGGCCAUCAGCAAUAUUUACACUCCCGCACCAAUGUGUUCGAUAAUAGUCUCUUCCGGGCUGGCGUCCAUGUGUACGUGCUCACUCUGAGGAUACCUCCGGACUGUCCCAGCACCUGCAAGGGUCCAUACGGCUAUAUAGCUUACACUAUUUCGCUGACCAUCGACAAGCCCUGGGGAUUCGACGAGGUCUUCCGGAAGCCCAUCAACGUGGUCCAGACGCUGGAUCUCAAUUACAAUACGGAGUUUGCACUGCCUGUUAAGGACGAAAAUCUGAAGUAUCUCUGCCAUUGGCCCUGCAUCUCUGGUCCCAUCUGCUCCACCCUGUCUUUGCCCGCCUCCGGAUUCACGCCUCUGCAGGAGGUUCCCUUUCGUUUGGAGGUGGACAACCAGUCGCCACACUACGACAUCAUCGGCGUGGAAGUAUCCAUCAAGCAGCACUUUGUCUUCCUGUCGCGGAAGCCUGUCAAACGGAACUUCUACUCGAAAACGCUAGUCAAGGAGCUGAUCUCGGAACGCACUCUGCGCCUGUCUAAGCGGCAGUACGAGUCCAGUAUCUGUGUGCCUAUGGACACGCCCAGAUCUACCCUAAAUCCCAACUACAUCGUUUUCCUGCACUAUACUUUGCAGGUGAAACUGAAGACGGGGUACUUCCAUUACGAUACGGACCUCUCGGUGCCCAUCAUAGUGGGCACCACUUCCUUGCAGCAUCUCAGGAACUCGGUUCACACCCAGCAGCCAGCGAGGAGGACGCCCACGCCGGAGAGACAGCGACUGAUCGAGCGGGUCACACCGCGACCGCCCACGGUGGAGGAGGAGUCCGCAGCAGAAGUGGAUCCGGUCACCGAGGAACCACAUCAGGCGAUCGAGGACGAUGAGCCACCUUCGUAUGACAGUUGCCUUCCGCCCUCGUUCAGUUUUGCUACCUUGGCAGGCAGUCAGCAGACUUUGGGGAGUAACCACGCGGUGGUCUUGCAGCGCAUUCACUUACCCAAGUUUCCGGGAUUCAGUACCCUUAUCGGUACAGCUCCUGCCCAUGGACUGGAGGACUCCGGCUUAGAUAUGCAUAUAUACAGGUCCUACGGCUCCUUAAACACUGAUCAUACUGGUCGGAGUUUGGAUACAUUCGGAUCCCUAUGCGGUCCAUUAUCCGAGCAUGUCGAGGAGCAGGUACAGGAGGCUGAGGACGAACCAGAAACCCUGGAUGUGACUGCCCAGGUGCAUCGACCAAUUCCACGGGCUCGAAUUUCAGAAAUUGGGGAAGAGAUGCAGGAUGAGCACCUGUUCUAAAGAUAAAGUGUCUUAUAUACAUACGUAUUGCCAUCCCAAGUAACAAGUAACAUAAGUGUUCAAGACUAAGGCUUAUUCAGGAUUUAUAGGCCGGAUCCUAGUCCGUCGUAUAGUUUUAGAGAGCCUUAAUGGCGCAAAUUUGUACUCUCGCGUACCAUCCAAAAAUUGAUCGAAUCGAACUUAUUGAGUGCCAAAGUCCCCUUUUUUCUAGCACACAUAUUUACCGCUUUUCUACAUCCAUCAAACAUUUAUGGUUUAAAUAUCUAAUUGAUACAUUUACUAAUUAUUCUAAGUACCAACUAAUGCGUUCUUAAGUGGACA